CGGUUUGAAGAUGAACAACUGGUUUAGUAAGCUGCAGAAAGCAAAAAAGUCUUGCAUUAUCGACAGAAAUUCAAGAAAAGUGCAUUACGACUUUGAAGACGGCAAGGAAUUGGUGGAGCAAUACGAUUUACUAACAAAUUGCGUCACUCGCAGAGCAUGGAGGACAAACAAUGAAUUGAAAGGCGAGGAUGCCUGGGAUAUUGAAGUUGGGGAUCCGGAGCCUAAAUAUGAUGCGGAACAGAAAUGCAUGAUUCGUGAAAAUUCCACUCAGCCGUUUAUAACGAGGAGAAUUACAAAGAUCAAUCUUGAGUGGAGAAUAAGAAACAUGCCAUAUCCAAUCGACGUGUAUUCAGUAACUAUAGAUAAGGGUUCAUACUCCUUAAUUGUUCGUACUACCAACAAGAAGUAUUACAAGGAAAUAAAUGUACCUGACUUAGAACGACUAGGUAUCGAAAUGAAUCAAGAAAACGUUAACUUUUGCCACAAAUUUAAUACACUGAUAAUUACGUAUAAAAAGCCACAAGGUCUACGAGAAUUUGAGGCUACCUUAUUGGAAGAAAUUAAAAAGAUUCCUGCUAAAAAUUAUGACGAUGAGAUAAACGGCUGCAAGCCAAGUUGAAUUACAGUAACAUACAAACCACCUACAUAGUUCUUGCGUCAAUACAUUAUAACCUAAAUGUAAAGAUGCUACAUCGUUGUACCAUUAUAUUACUUUAUACCAUUAUUAAACUUUGCGUUAAUUUAA